CCACGCCCACAUAAUUGUCCUGACUAUUGCAGUUGUGUUUUAGCUUCUACCACGCACCCUGUUAAGUAACCCCUGGUGCAGCUUUUGAGGUCGGAGGGGCGGAAGGGGAGGAAGUUGCACAUCUCUGAAGUUUCCUUAAGAGAAAUCUACAGACAGAAAAGUCGCUCCCCGUUCUCCCUGCCUUCUUUAGAGCCAGGUUGGUGCCAGUGGAUGGUAAGAGGCUUUAUUUUGCAAGCUGGGUGCCAUGGCCAUGCUGCUGGGGCUGCUGCUGGCCCUGCUGGGCUGCACCACGGCGCCGGAUCCUGCCCUGGAAGAAGCCUGGGAAGGGUGGAAGAAUCUCCACGCCAAGGAGUACCCAGAAGAGGUCGAGGCCACUCGCAGAGAGGUUUGGGAGAAGAACCUGCGGCGCAUCCAGCAGCACAACUGGGAGGAGUCGCAGGGGCAGCACGCCUUCCGCCUGGCCAUGAACCACUACGGGGACCUGACGGAUGAGGAGUUCAACCAGCUCCUGAAUGGCUUCACCCCAGCGUGGCGGGAGGAGCCGGCGCGGCUCUUCCAAGCGUCAGUGGCCCUGAAGACCCCAGCGGAGGUGGACUGGCGGGCGAAGGGCUACGUGACACCGGUGAAGAACCAGGGGCACUGCGGGUCAUGCUGGGCAUUCAGUGCCACGGGAGCCUUGGAGGGGCUCGUUUUCAACUGGACGGGGAAGCUGGCAGUGCUGAGCGAGCAGAACCUCAUCGACUGCUCACGAAAGCUGGGCAACAACGGCUGCCACGGCGGCUACAUGACCCGCGCCUUCCAGUACGUGCGUGACAAUGGUGGCUUGAACUCGGAGCACGUCUACCCCUACGUGGCCACGGACACCUCCAGCUGUCAAUACAACCCUCGGGACAGGGCAGCCAACUGCUCUGCCAUCUGGCUGGUAGCCCAGGGCAGUGAAGCGGCGCUGGAGCAGGCGGUGGCAGCCGUGGGCCCCGUGUCUGUGGCGGUGGAUGCCAGCGGCUUCCACUUCCACUUCUACAAGUCGGGCAUCUUUAGCAGCAUGUUUUGCAGCCAGCGGGUGAACCACGGGAUGCUGGCCGUGGGCUACGGAACAAGCCAGGAGCUUGGGCGCAACGUGAGUUACUGGAUCUUAAAGAACAGCUGGUCGGAGGUUUGGGGCGAGCAGGGCUACAUCCGCCUGCUGAAGGGUGCCGACAACCAGUGCGGGGUGGCCAACCAGGCCAGCUUCCCUGUGCUGUGAGCCGGGACAUCCCUCCCUCCCCGGGGGCAUCUCUCCCUGACCCUGGCUGCGGAUCCACGGCUGUUUCCUUCUGGAAAAGGGCUUUUGUUUGUGUGCGGUGAGGAGCAAUUAAAAGUGGCACAGCUAAUCGCUCUGCGCCUGCAAAUGGGUGGCCAGGCAGGGUUUGGUGGCGGAGGCGAGGCUUCUCCUGUUCCUGGUGGGGAAGGCAAAGCUCCCUCCACAAGAUGCUCGGCGAGCGGCGAUUUCUCCACGCCUUUCCUCCCAGCCUGGCCCUUUCCUUCCCCUCCUGUGGCCCCUUUUCUUUCCAGCUGAAUCCCAAAUGCCACCAGUCAGGGAUGGAUUUUCUGGCUGUGGCUGCAGCUCUAUCCGACCCUGCAGCGGCCGAGCCCCUGCACAUCUAGCUCUUUAAAACAAACUAACAAACAAACAGGUUUUUACCCCAUUAAACCUGCGUGACAAGGCAGAAAACGAA